GGAGCAAGAUGGCGUUUCACAACGGAUGUGGCAGAGGGGGCUGUUUGCUCCAUUUCUGACCAUUCUUUCCUGAUUAAACGGCCCUACACGUGAAAUCGUCGACUUCGUAGAAAUGUGAAGUCGAAGGUGCCCCCUCGGAGAGCACCGAUAAUGGUUGCUCGUGUGCAGCCUGUUGCCACCUAAAUAAACAAGAUAAUCGCCAUGACGUAACAGCUGAAAAGUCCUGACGAGCCGAGAAACCUCCAUACCAAUUUGCACGGUGUGGCGCACGAACAACAAUGCGCAUUGUGUGAAAUAAACACGUGUCGUUGCAAUAAACAUGUGCUGAACAGUUUUUCGUUUGAGUUUUUGUUCAUUACCUGCCGUUUCGUACCUAAGGACUCGUCACACGUUGUAGAGAAUUAAAAUAUAUCCUACGUUGUAGAGUUCGUCCACACGUUUCACUUGUCUCUUAAUUUCGAUAAAAGUCCAAGGAUAUCAGAGGAUCAUGAUUUUACAUGAGAAGCACAAAGGAUUUGCAAGAACAUUGUCGUUCAUAUAAAGUGAGGAUGAUAAUAGCAUUUCCAAAGUGAAAAUCAGAUCAUAUUACGAAAUUGUAUAAUAUAGUUAGGUAUCUCGGUUAAAGUGUUCUUGUGCUAUCUUUGAGUACUUAACGACCACAAGUGCCAAUGCACAGCGCUAGGUAUCAGUCUUAUCGAUAAUAUGAUAGCAGUAUAUGUGAUAAGAGAGAGAAUUUUAACUCAUAAAAUACACAGCAAAGUUACGCAACGCUAUCUGUUCAGUCGUAACACGUCAAUCCAGACAAAUGGCUUCGUUGAAGAUGUUGAAGCGUGCUCUGUGCAAAAACAUUGCAACAAGCGGAGCGAGAUUCGUGGGCAUCAUAGGACCCUUAACGAUUCCACCGUUGCAGAUCGCAACUCUGUAUUAUUUCUGGCAGGAUUAUUCGAGGGUCGUGGAUAAACGUUACUGCUCCUGCUCGUGCUGGGACACUGUCUUUAAAGGCUCAUACGAAUCCGGUAUUGCUCCGUACAAACACAUGUAUUUCAAUGCCACUACGAACAUGCUGAAAAUAUGGGUGCUCAUUGUCAUCGGGGUGAUCGCGUUUUACGAGACAAUGAAGCACUUGGCGAAGUUGGCGAUCAAACAGAGACUGAGGCAGUCCAUGAUGCUCCUCUUCUCGUCCGCUCUGUUCUCCAAUUAUUACUCGUGGUGGGUUUAUAUUAACUAUUGGAACGACGACUUCUACUCCCAGUGGUAUCACCAGCUGUUCUUUACCAUCACCGAGUUGUUGUCCACAUGUUGGGUCGUCUAUCUCGCGGAUAAGAAGAAUCCCAUAACUCAUAGAAAGGCGUUCGGCAUUGCCGCGAUAGCCCUUUUGCAUAUCGUGGCUGGCGGAUGGGAUCAAUUUUUCGAGAAUGUCAUCAGAGGAGAGGGCCACGCGCACCAGGUGAUACGCGAUCUGGGCUUCAUGAUACCGGAUAUUCUUCACGUCGUCGUUCCAUUAUGGCUGAUUAAACGGGAAAGUAUUUACAAUAUCCAUCUUCCUAAUUCGUUAGCGUACAUGUCGAGCAUCGUGCUCAUAGGAUUAUGUAUUUGGUCGUUUCUAUUGUAAUCCGAUGUUAUCCCAUUCUUCCUACAAGAAUGGCCUACGUUAAGUUAACGUUCUUCCUGAAAGCAGAGAAUUCCGCGACGCGAAAAACUCGGUCUAACACAAACGCCAAACGUCUGUUAAUCUCUGUGAUAGAUCGAUUGUUAACGCGGGGAUACGAGAUGAACUUUUAUGUUACAAAUAUCCCGGAAACAUGUCUCGCAAUAGUAUUCUCAUGAAUGAAUGUGUUCUGAAAGUAAUUCGACUGAACUUGAGUUACGUGCCUCUUUUUGCGUGUCAAGUUACCACGUUCUUUCUUACGUACUUUAUUGUUCGUAAACGCAAACUCUAUUCUAUUAUUUACUCUAUUUAUGAAAGGUUAGCAUUUAUACAAGGAUGAGACUUGGAACGAGUCCUUAGAUUUAUCAACGGAAAAGAUUGCAUUAGCUGAAGACUUUGUUAACAUUGAGGCUGCUUUAAUUUAGGAUAUAUUGUAGACUGCGAACGGUAGCGUCUAAAGUAUUACUCUAAGUAAAUUUAGAUAUUGUAUUAAUUAAGAACAUAUCAUGUAGAUAGCCUACGUAAGCAAGACGUUAUCGUGACAAGCAGGAUUGUACAACUUACAGGCAAUGUUAUAACCGAAAAUAGUGUCCUAACUUCUUAUACAAGUUAUAAUGCUUAAAGUGCCUACACAUAAUAUGUUAUUUAUAUGAUUAUUGUUAACUAAGGCGAUAAGCAAUUGCGAACGAAAACAGUUUUCGCGUAUUUUAGCGGCAAACGCAGAUGGUCAUUUGAAAAGUAUUUAUUUGAAAUGCAAAGAGAAGGACUUCACACACGCUCUAACAAUACUAUCAAUUUGCUAAUUCUAGUUUUUUAACGUAUCGCAUACAGUGCUAACGCAUCGACACCUUACUUCUAAUCUGGUAAUUAGAAGCUCGCUUACUUGGAUUAAUGAAGUCUUUAACAUGCAAUAUUGUCUGUGCAGCAGAGACACAUAUCCUGGUAGAUAAUGUGGCCUGAUUAACGAGUGCAGCUUACACCUACCAAAGUAUCAAAACUAAUUUUAUUAUUGUUAUAUACAUAUACAUAUAUUUAUUGUAGGAUAUAUAUAUAAUACUUUGCGACAAAUUCCCGAAAAGUACUUGAGUAGUUUACACGCGUCAUUUUAUCCAUUUCUUAGGGACAUAUAGAUAUAACUGUAGCAUACUUGAGAAAAAGGGAGAUAGAAAUUUUGUCACAAGGACAAGAUAGUGUAUUGCGAUGUAGACUAAAUUGACCGUAUCGAGCGGUCGAACGUUCAUAAAUUUUCGAACUUGAUUCUCGUAAUAUUUUACUAUCGAACAGAGCAAAGGAUAAAUAUGCAAUUGUCGAUAUAGCUAUAAAUAGUUUGACGAUUUUAGUCAGAAAAGAUGUCUCGGUCCGAUUCGUAAUGCGAAUAAAAUAAAGCGGCCUAAUUUCCGA